AUGACACCUGCGACAUUGACGCCGAACUCGCCAUUCAGUCCGUCGUUCUUUCCCACGCCAUCGACUCCAGGCGCGUCCAUACUGCAGUCUUACAGCCUCGGCAUCGGCACUCCAGCCAUGUGCUCUACACCGCCCUGGCACACGAGACAAGGCAGAACUGUUGCGACCUUUCCGGAAGAGCCGAUCCUCAUGCCAACAGCUCCCACACAGGCAUUUGCAUCUGCCGAUGCAGCUUUACCGUGCCGGUCAGCAUGGCAAAGGUCACUAGCACCAGGACGUGACGCACAAGCUAGCCUCUCGAUUCGAUUACGGACAGCAAUCCAAGAAGAAAUGGAGCACCACAUCGCACUGCAGAUCGAAGCCGCCGAAGCAACUUCACCAAAGGUGAAAGUGCAAGCCCGAGGCAGCCAGAGGAGCGAGUCGCCGUGUGUGCGAAGGAUGUCAUCCGGUCGCGGUUAUCCAAUGCCCCGUGCGAGUUGGUCCAACUGCACGAAGAACAGCCAGUUGGAGUGGACGUCCUUCCAGCUGCCUGCCCAAGCCGAAGCUCAGAGCCCGCGCGUGCGCGAUCGAAGAUCCCUUUGUGAGAGGGCAGGCUUGGACACCUCGCCACGUUCUCCGCCUUUUGGGUCGUCGCAGAGGGUGAGGGAGAUGAGCCCUCGCGGGACUGGGUACCAGGAGCUGACGCAGAAGCAGCUAGCAGAGAAGCUCCCUUGGUUCAAGAUACAACAGGCACGACACACAGAUGGUGAGCUGCGAAGCUUAUCACCAGCCCGCUGCCAAGUCAGACAGGGGUCUAAACAAACAUAA